CACAUAGAUGGCUAUGGGGAUGGUCUGGAUGUGUGUUCCAUGGAUUUACUGUAUAUAUACUAGGCUUGAGUAAUUUGUAUAUAUUAACUGCCAUUUCUGUAGACAGAUACAUUAUAAUAGCAAAGCCUCUUCAAGCUUCCAAAAUAAACCACAGAGUUGUUAGUAUUUCAGUAUUUUUAUGUUACUUUUUUGGUUUUGUCUGGAGCUUUCUGCCUCUUGUUGGAUGGAGUGAAUACGUAUUCGAAGGUGCAGGAACAGCCUGUGGUAUAUCAUAUGAUUAUAAAAGUGCUUCAGCGUUUAGCUAAAACAUAGCUAUAUUUAUAAACUGUUACUGGAUACCAAUCUUCAUUAUGAUUUAUUGUUAUUAUUAUGUCUUCAUGACGAUUCGGUCCAUGGCAAGAAAUACUGCAUUUGAUAGAAAAAGUAGAAUAGCCAAAAGGAACUUAAGAAUUGAAAAGAAAAUGGCCAAAACUAUUGCUUUAAUGAUUGGUGUCUUUAUGUUUGCAUGGACGCCAUAUGCAGUCACUGCGUUCUGGGUUGCAUUUGGUUUUGGUGAAUUGCCAGUUAUUGUUUCAACCUCGGCAGCCAUGUUUGCGAAAUCAGCAUCUGUAUGGAAUCCUCUUAUUUAUGUGUAUACAAACAAACAAUUUCGCAAAGCAUUUUACGAGAAAAUUCCCUGUUCUGGUUUUCGUUCCAAACUUAUUAAGAAGGAGGAGAAAGAAGCGGAAUCAGAAGAGUCUGAUAUAGAUGAUAAAUCAAAGACAACAGGACAAAAAGUUACUCAUCUUAAGGUACAAAAUACGCGACGUGGCGUGACGCCCAUUAACGAUGACGAUGACGCUGGUGAAAUUACAAUUUGUGAAGACAUUGUAGCUGAUGCAAUUACACUUGAUGACGAUGGCAAAAAAGAAGAAAUUGAAAUAAAAGAUUUAGGUGGAUUACGUCAAGCUUAGAGGUAGUAUUACCUUGUGUUGAAAGCAAAACAUUUUAGAAAAAACUUUCUUUUAGAAAAAAGAGAUUCGGUAAAAAGAACUUCUGACGUCUGAUUUUAACAUCGUGUGCUAACAUAAUGAUGUGAUAACAAAUAGAAAUCAAUAUGUUUAAGUUUAUAAACUGAAUUUUAACCAUUUUCUAUGGACUAGUUUAAAACUAAGAAGAAGCUUCAGAUGAGAAGGAGCACUUAUUUGCCCUUUUCAUACAAUUAUGGAUCAUAGCUUAGCAAAAACAAUUAUCAGUCCUUCAACACAUUCUUUAUGGCGUUCAUUAUCACUGAACUAGUAUAUAUUUGUUCAGGGGCAAGCUGAAGGUCACCUCCGGGUGCGGGAAUUUCUCGUCACAUUGAAGACCUAUGGUGACCUUCCCCUGUCGUUUUUUCUAUGGUCGGGUUGUUGUCUCUUUGAUACAUUCCCCAUUUCCAUUCUCAAUUUUAUUUUUAUUCUUUGUCAUAUUCAAGUGAUUAAGAUAAGUAUUUGAGAUACAAAUAUCAAUUUAUUUGAAUUCUGUCUUGAAAUACUGCUCUAGUGGUUUGCUCAAAUAUAUGUUUUAACAGCAUGUUGAUACAAGUCAAUUGUAGGUUUCUGGUAAAAUGAUAGUAAAAAAUGAUGUUUAGUGUAAAAUUUUGAUAUUUUCUAAAGGAAGUACACAUCUUAUCUCACAAGUCCUACUUAAAAAAUACACGAAUCUCUAAAGAACUUUCGGAAAGUUUUAAAUACGUACAGGCAUAAUGCACCUCAUAUUCAUGUUUAAAUAUAAAUCUAUGUUUGGGGUUCAUUUUGCAAACUUUUAUUUCUUAGCUCUUCAUUUGCAGCUACCAGGGAUCUCAGACAUUACAUAUAUAUUAUUUGGGAUUAAUAUUAUACACAGGGUGGGAAUCAGGUUCGGGAUAAAGAUAAUCUUAAGAACCAACAUAAUAAAUAUAUUCAAAAUGUGUUAAUUUCGGUCAUACCAAAACUUGAUUAUGUUAAAAUGAUGAAUCUGAAAAACAUAAAACUUUGAUAUCUAGCUCAAUAAAUGAAGUCUAUUUUUAAAUCCAAUUGUUGCAUUUUGAAAAGACCGCAAAUGUCAGGAAGGCAUGAUUAAAACGCAUUUAGAAUACAAGAAAAUUUACACAUCAAUAUAAGGUGAUCAAUUAUAGACUGAGAACCUGUACUUAUUAAUGUAUGCUUGUUUAUCAUAUCAAACAUUGCAGUUGUACCGACGACGGCUUGUAAAGGCUUGAUCAUAAUUAUAAUAUUGUGCCUCAUACUUUGAAAUAAACUGUGCUAAUUAA